AUGCAGCCAUUACAAUGGUUGAAAAUACUACUCUUGCUGAAUUAUGGCGCUGGGCGACAAGUGCGGCUUGGACGACAAGCCGGAUAUAACUAUCAAAGGCCGAGAGUACCGUUCUUCUUACCGACUGAGAAUGUCGGUUCGAACGUACCUGCCUAUCCCGCACAACGUUACAACUAUCCAAGUUAUCCUACUUAUAAUUAUCCUGCUCCUUAUCGACCUUUUCAACCAGCUCUUCCAUCUUAUCCAUCUCCUCAACCACCACCUUCUUACCCGUCUCCUCAGCCACCACCUUCUUACCCGUCUCCUCAGCCACAACCUUCUUAUCCAUCACCACAGCCACAACCUUCUUAUCCAUCACCACAGCCACAACCUUCUUAUCCAUCACCACAGCCACCACCUUCAUAUCCAUCUCCACGGCCACCACCACCUUCAUAUCCAUCUCCACGGCCACCACCUCCUUCAUAUCCAUCUCCACGACCACCACCUCCUUCAUAUCCAUCCCCACGACCACCACCUCCUUCGUAUCCAUCCCCACAACCACCACCUCAAACGCAAGAAGUUAUAAUAAUAUCUUCAACUCCAUAUCCUGCAUCACGCCAGCCAACGCCAUCACCUACACCUUUUCCUCAACCAUCUUAUCCUCCAUCGCGACCUCCACCAAGACUUCCACCUCCUCCCCUUUCACCUCCACCAUCCCAAUCUCCUUACCCACCUAGUCCAACACCUUCGCCCACAACACCUACCCCUUAUCCACCAUCAGGCCCUCCUUCGAGACCAUCAUCACCUUCAUUUUCUUAUCCGCCAUCAUAUACUCCGUCGACUCUACCACCGAUAACACCAUCAUACCCUUCGUCGCGGCCUUCACUACCUCCAACUGGGCCUGGCUCUACACCCGCACCAACAUAUUUACCUCCUUAUGAUCAAGGAAAUAGCAGACAACCUGCUUUUAAUAGUCUUUCAGGAAGCGGCUCUUCCGCCUUUCCUUCAUCUUUUGCGAAUUCAGGAGUAGUGAAGCUAAGCGGUACCGCUACUUCGUCAAGCUCUUUCAACAUCGGUUUUCGAGGCACUCCAUCGAACACUGCUUCAGCGAAUGGAGCGUAUUAUAAUACUCAAAGUCCUUCUGCAUUCACGUCAACCGGAACAUUGUCGCAAGUCACGAAAAUAACUGGACCUGCUGCUGCGCCAGCAUCCUACAAUGUUCCGGCUAUUUCGAGUCCAGGAAUUGGAGGACAAGACGCAAAUUAUCCGACAUAUGUUCAAGCACCUAGCCCAGCGUAUUACCCUGCUCCUGCUCCUGCUCCAGCAGCACAACCAGCUCCAAAUUUUCUUACAGCCACUUAUCCUAUUCAAGCACCACCUAAUACUGCUUUGUCAGCAGCUUUCAAUCCUGCACCGCCAUUCCUGUCAAGUACACCUACUCUACCAGCUGUAAAUUAUGUUCAAAGUCCAGCUGUUCCAGGGGUCGUAGGACCUCCUGUUCAAAUUUAUUCUCCAGCUUCUACUGCUGUAGUUGCUCAGGCAGGCUAUCCUAGUUAUCAAUCUGUUUCUCCAGCCCCUGCUGCUAUAAGUGCUCAGCCAGCCUAUCCAAGUGUUUAUCAAUCUGUUGCUCCAGGUCCAGCAUCAGUUCCAGCAUUUAUACCUAGUCCUGCCUUUCAAACAGUUCCUAGUCCUGCACAAUCAACUUUUGUAAAUCCACCAGCGCAAACCUACCUCGCAACAAACGUUCCCAGUUACCCUAGUUACCAGCAACAAUCUCCUGCAGCACCAAUGUACAAUUAUCAGCCGUCGAUACCAGCGGUACAACAGCAAUCAUCGUUUUCUCCAGCAGUACAACAGCAACCAUCGUUUUCUCCAGCAGUACAACAACAAACGUCGUUUGCUCCAGCAGUGCAACAACAAACAUCGUUUGUUCCAACAGGUCAACAGCAACAAUCAUUUGCUCCAGCCAAUCCACCGUCAAUCAGCUACAUUCCACAAACGGGAUGA